AUGGAGGCGGCGGGGGAGCAGGGCUGGGAGCCCCGGCCGGGAACACGGCCCAAAACGCUUCCCCGGGGCCAGGACAGACCGAGCCCCGGAGAGGAGCGGGGGGACCCCGCCGUGGGCAAAGAGACGCGUCUGAGAGUGGUGCUGAGGGUCCGGCCACUGACCUGCUCGGAGGUGCGGCGAGGGGACCGGCGGGUUGUGCACAGCCUCGGCGGCGGCACCGUCCAUGUGAGUGCAGCCCGGCAAGAUGCCACCUUCGGGUUCAGCGCCGUGUUUGACGCCGGCGACUCGCAGGAGGCUGUGUUCGAAGGCAGUGGGAUGAGGCAGUUGGUGGAGCUGGCGAUGGAUGGCUUCUCCUGCACUGUCUUUGCCUUCGGGCAGACGGGCUCGGGGAAGACCUACACCCUGAUGGGCCCCCUCGGCCAGGGUGAGACCCACGCAGCAUCCCCGGCCCUGCUGGGGCUGAUGCAGAGGUCCUUCGCCUGCCUCCUGGAGCAGAGCCGGAGCCGUGGCUCUGACCUGGCUCUCAGUGCCUCCUACCUGGAGAUAUACAAUGAACAAAUCCGGGACCUGCUGAGCCCAGGGCCCCCAUGCACCCUGCCCCUGCGGUGGAGCAAAACCCGUGGUUUCUAUGUGGAGAACCAGCUCAGUGUGGACUUCGAGAGCCUGGAGGCCAUUGCCAGCCUGCUCCUGCAAGGAUCCCAGAGGAGGAGGACCUCAGCACAUGCCCUCAACAGGCACUCGAGCCGCAGCCACGCUCUUCUGACCAUCCACAUCCGCAGCCGGAAUGUGAGCUCGUGUCCUGCUCCAGGGGGAGGCGCCUGCCCCAGCAGGCAGGGCAGCCUGUGCUUCGUGGACCUGGCCGGCAGCGAGCGGGUGAAGGAGACGGGCUCCAGUGGGGAGCUCUCUGUGGAGGCCAACAACAUCAACCGCAGCCUCCUGGCACUGGGACACUGCAUCUCCAUGCUGGCCAAACCCCGCGGGAAGCGGACACACGUUCCCUACCGGGACAGCAAACUCACCCGGCUGCUGGCUCGAUCUCUGGGUGGCUCCGGGCUCACCCUGAUGGUCGCCUGCAUCUCCCCAUCCUCACGCUGCCUCUCAGAGACACUGAGUACACUGCACUACGCCAGCCGGGCACGGAGGGUCACCACCAGGCCCCUGGCCAACAGGGUAUCCCGGGAGAAGGUGCUGCAAAGUUUGGAGGAAGAAAUCCAUGCCCUGCAGCUGGAAAACCUCUCCCUGCGCCAGCAGCUGGGUCUGCCCAGGGUGCCCAUGAGGAGCACGGAAGUCCUGGGCACCCCAACAAGGAUGGGGGCUUGGCCAGGCUUGGGAGGCAGGUUUGGCCCCACAGGGCUGCAUCAGUGCCCUCUGGAAGGGCAGCUCCCAUCGGAGGGAGCCCCAGCCUGGCCCAGCCUCUAUGGCCUCCUGAGGGACUUUGUGGUGGAGAAUGAGCAGCUGAGAGCCACCUGUGACCCCCACCCCCUGCUGCAGAGCGCCUGCACCCCUCAUGUCCCUCCCGGCCACCCCACAAGGCCCCGGCUGCCGGCACUGCCAGGGCUCCCCACACUGCAGCCAGUGCCCCCUGAAGGAGGUACCAGUGCUCUGCCAGCAGGCCAGGAGGACACGGCUCUGCCCGGCUCCCAUCAGCAUCCCGGGACCCCCCAGCCACCCCAGGGGAAGCGCAGGAGCCGGGGCAGGAGCAGGAGCUUUUCCUAUCGGCACCCACUGCCCCGGGAGCUGCCAGGCCCCGAGCUCUGUCCCAGCCCCGAGGGAAGGGUCAUCCCUUCAGCACCACCGUGGCCGGGAUUGCCGGAGUCCGAAGCUGCUGGCACCGUCCCUCUCCUCCAGUUGGAAGAGGCACUGGACUGGCUGGUGGAGCAGAUGUGAG